AAAAUGGGGGCAUUUCAAAUAAUCUGACAGUUUAACCUCUGUGUCAGUGACAUGCUUGAAAGGAGAGAAAUAUACUGUAACCUAGAUUUCAAAGGUCACAGUAAUACUGCCCCAAGCAUUUUUAAACUUAUGAUUUAUGUGCCAGUAUAUUAGCAAUAUGGAUGGUUUCAAGAUUUGGUCUGUUCUGCUGAUUAUAGUUUACAGCCUGUGCCAAAGAUGUAUGCCGUGCGGUAUUUCAACACAUAUUGAAAUAGCACAUCGAGCUCUGGAAUUUUUCAGUAAACAUGAAGGGAAUGUUAACUAUAGAAAGUUGUUACUAAACCACCAGGAUGCAUUUCAGGCUGGGAGCCUUUAUCCUGAUGCCUUUUAUCCUGUUAUCUGCAGGAAUGGAAUAUUCCAUCAUGUUUCUGAAGACACUCACUGGGCACCAUUUCUCAACACUAGUAUCCAUUACAUCAGGAAGAAGUAUCCUCAGCCUUGGGAGGAGGCUACAGAGAAACUGGUGGCUUUCCUGUUUGGAAUUGCCUCACAUAUGGUGGCAGAUGUGAGCUGGCAUAGCUUGGGCAUUGAUCAAGGAUUUCUAAGGACCAUGGGAGAAAUUGAUUUUCAUGGCUCAUACUCAGAUGCUCAUCGUACUGGUGAUUUUGGAGGUGACGUAUUAAGCCAGUUUGAGCUUGAUUUUAGUUACCUGAAAGCAGACUGGUAUGUACCAGUCAAAGACCUGCUAGCUAUCUAUAAGGAAUAUUAUGGCCAAGAAGUAAUAACCGAAGGCACAAUUAUUGACUGCACUUACCUGCAGUUUCUUGAAUUGCAUGGAGAAAUGCUUGCUGUUGCCAAGCUUUUCCCAUCAUAUGCUAGCAAAUCUCCAUUUUUGGUGGAGAGGUUCCAUGAGUAUUUCCUUGGAGGAGUGGAUGACAUGGCAUUUUGGUCAAAUAAUAUUUUUCAGCUAGCAAGCCACAUGUUAGAAAAUGGGACCAGUGGCUGCUUCAUACCUGAGAACCCUCUAUUUAUAGAGUGCAAUGGGGAGCACAAGAACAGCAACAUAAUUAUACAGUCCAAAAAGGAACAGCAUAAGAGUGUGACUUCUUCACUCACACAAACAACUGAAAAGAAUAUAAAUUACACGGAGAAAGGAGUUUAUUUCAAUAUGCAAUCCUGGGCAACAAAGUCCCUCCACUUUAUUAAUGGUGCUUUUGCAAAGAAUGUCAGGAGAGCAUUUGCAGUCAUGAAUCAGCAAUCCUCUAACCACAUCUCCAAGCCCACAGCCUCAUACUUCCUGAAAUCACCCUAUGCCAGGCUUGGAUGGGCAAUGACCUCAGGCGACUUAAACAAAGAUGGUUAUGAGGAUCUCGUGGUUGGAGCACCAGGAUACAGCAGAUUGGGCCAUGUUCAGAUAGGACGGGUGUACAUAGUUUACAAUAAUUGGUCAGGUUUGCCUCCAGUAAACAUGGAUCUAGACAAGGAAGCAGAUCAAGUGCUGGAGGGUUGUCAGCCUUCAGGCAGGUUCGGUUCUGCCAUAGCAGUACUGGACUUCAAUGAGGAUGGAGUACCAGAUGUAGCGGUGGGAGCACCUUCUGUAGGAUCACAGCAUCUCACUUACACCGGUGCUGUGUAUGUAUACCUGGGCACUACAGGAAGAGGCCUGUCACCUUGGCCAAACAUUACCAUAAUUUGCCAGCACACAUUCUGUAACCUUGGCUGGUCACUGCUGGCUGCUGAUAUUGAUGGGGAUGGAAAGUCUGAUCUGGUUGCGGGUUCUCCUUUUGCACCUGGCGGUGGGAAGCAGAGAGGAUUUGUACUUGCAUUCUAUUCUCACUUCAACAGGAGUGACAAAGGGCUGCUGUCAGUAGAGGAUGCCAACUGGAUGGUGAAGGGGGAAAAGAACUAUGCCUGGUUUGGAUAUUCACUUGUUAGUCAGCAGUUGAAGAACAAAACCUUACUGCUGAUUGGCAGCCCUACCUGGAAGAGCUGUACUGGUCUAGGUUGUUACAUCUCAUUGGAUACCAAACAGAGUGUUGGAAAGGUGUACGGAUAUAACCCACCAAGCGCACAAAGCUGGUUUUCUGUAACUGGAGACAUGGAGAGGGGCAAACUGGGUUCGUCGCUGGCCAGUGGCUUCCUGUUUGUGGCUGGAAUUCCAAGAGAAGUGUUGGUGGUGGGUGCACCUACCUCUGACAGCAUGUCUAGGAUUGCAUUUAUAUCCUCAGUACUGCACCAAGCUGGAACUGUUCUGAUGUAUGACUUGACAGAUGGUGCCAAACCUUCUUUGCUCAGCACUUUCAGUGGGGACAGGAGGUUCUCUCGCUUUGGAGGAGAUGUACACUUAAGUGACCUGGACAAUGAUGGACUAGAUGAAAUUAUUGUGACAUCUCCUCUGCGAACUGAAGACAUCACGUCUGUACUGUUUGGAGGGGAGGCUGGACGUGUGUACAUCUACAGUGGAAACCAGACCAUCUCGGGUAAUGUGACAGACAACUGUAAAUCAUGGAUUUCUCCUUGUCCUGAGGACUGGGCACAAUAUGUUCUAAUUUCUCCUGAAGAAAAAUCAAGGUUUGGGAGCUCUGUCAUCACUGUGAAAUCUCAAGGAAAGCUUUAGAAUUGCAAACCAAUUAAAAACCUCUAUCCAUGGAAGUCAGAAGGCUAAAUAACCCAGCCACACACAAAGCAGCAUGAAGGGAACCAAAACAACAUCAACCUAGCAUAAAUCCAGGCAACUUAUGAGGGAGGCUGGUUCCAGCAGACCUAUUUGGCUGUUUAAGAAAAAGUGCAGCACCCCGAGUUGAUAUAAUCACUCAAAUACGUGCACGUGUACAAACACCUUUAACUCUGUCAUCGUACACCUGCCCAAACUCCUCCUGUACACCAGAACCCCCCGAAUACCCUCUAUCAUACAUCAUGGAAAUUUCUAAUACAGCCAACAAGCUCUCCAAUCAGCACCCACUGCUCUCCAGCUCACCCACUUAUCACCCAGACACACUAGCAGCUUCAGUCAGAUGUGGUGGUCCAGGCACGCUGCAGCCAGAGCCGGUAUGAAGGGGGUGCAUAGGUAACUAAGCUAGUCUUUGCACCCUAUUUUGCUCCUUGCCUUCCAGCAGUCUUAUACGGGCUGCUUAGUGCCCCAAAGGACUAAACCAUAUCCAAGGAUCAACAUAGCAGCACCUUGGCUGCAACUUCUAUGCCAGCAACAGCGAUAAGGACUUGGCGUAGGACUCUCUACACCACAUGUGCAACCCUCUCGUGUUUAGGGUAAUGCUCUCUGGGCUGGAUAGACUGGCACUGCAGUGAUCUUCUGCCAAUAGCAUUGCACUGAGUGGCUCUGCUAUACCAGAUCAUCUGCUGUCUUGCUGCUUUAUCCUCCAUGGAAAGAAAGUUCCUCAACUUUGCUCCUUAUCCCACAACCCUGCGUCUUAUUUUCCAACUGCAGUUCAGAAACCACCAAUCUUGAGGCCGAAAUAUAAUCUACCCCAUCCAUCCUCCCCUUCUGCCAGGGACCAGAAAUCCCAUUGUACUUCCUGUAUUCAACCGCCUGAGACAAGCGGGAGACUCCAGUUUAGGACAACAGACCACACAUCCAUUUUCGUCCCAUCCACUCUACACGGCUCAGAUAGGAGUACCCCAUUCACAGAGCCAGAAUAGUACGUUAUUUAUCUGAAAAAAAGUAUGUUACUGCCUAGAAUGUUAUAUUGAUACUUGGCGUUGAUUUCACUACAGCUGAAGUUGUGCUAUAAAGGUAUGUCUGAUAGAUGGAUGGUCAGCAGUUGCAAAGGGCUAGCAGCAGCUGGAUAGUACUUGCCUGUUGAGAGUCUCAGGGGCGGUAUGUUAAGGAAGCAGGAUGUCUGGCUUCAAGGGGAAGAGAAGGGCAAGGAGCUCAAGGUUGGACUCUACUGGCGAUUGUUCCUAAUGCUUUUAUGUAGAACUCAGUGACUCUGGUAAGUUAAAAUCCUGCUCUUAUUGUUAAUUGUAUUACGUGUUCGACUCAUGAGUAUUGUGGUUUUGAAGGGGUAGGUUAAUGCUGAAUGUGUAUCCAUACACAAUUAAACAACAUACUUAAGCAACAGCAUAUGACCUCGUUGUUUGUGGGUUAGGUCUGCAACCAUUGGUGGGUGUUUAUGUAGGGGAGGAGUCAGAAGUUAUGACACUAUGAUACAUUUUUUUGUGUGGUACAAGCCAGUAGCAAAGUAUUAGAGAAUUUUAAACAGUAAUCAUCCUCUUUGGAAUAUAUGUAAUUUAUAUAUACAUAAAUGCAAGUCAAAA